AUGGCGGAGUACUUGGCGUCGAUUUUUGGGACAGAAAAAGACAAAGUUAAUUGUUCCUUCUAUUUCAAAAUCGGUGCCUGUCGACAUGGUGACCGAUGCUCCAGAUUACAUAAUAAGCCCACUUUCAGCCAGACCAUCGCCCUACUGAACAUUUACCGCAACCCUCAGAACAGCGCCCAGUCUGCCGAUGGCCUCACCUGUGCCAUCAGUGACAUGGAAAUGCAGGAGCACUAUGAUGAGUUUUUUGAGGAGGUCUUCACAGAAAUGGAAGAGAAAUAUGGUGAGGUGGAGGAGAUGAAUGUGUGUGACAACCUGGGAGACCACCUUGUGGGGAACGUAUAUGUCAAGUUCCGCUGUGAAGAAGAUGCGGAGAAGGCCGUGAUCGAUUUGAAUAAUCGCUGGUUCAAUGGGCAGCCCAUCCAUGCUGAGCUGUCUCCCGUCACAGACUUCAGGGAAGCUUGCUGUCGCCAGUAUGAAAUGGGGGAGUGCACCCGAGGUGGCUUCUGCAAUUUCAUGCACCUGAAGCCAAUUUCUCGCGAGCUGAGGAGAGAGUUGUACGGACGGCGCCGGAAGGGAGGGCGUCACAGGUCUCGGUCACGUUCUAGAGACCGUCGAUCCCGCUCAAGGGACCGUGACCGAGGAGGCCGAGGUGGCGGACGCGACCACGAUAGACGCCGCUCUAGAGACAGAGAGCGCUCAGGACGAUUCUGA